AUGGGCCCCAAAGGAACACGGGGUCUUCCUGGGAUUGAUGGCAAAGACGGAUUUCCUGGCACUCCUGGAGUGAAGGGAAGUGUGGGUCAACCAGGCCUUCCAGGGCCUUUGGGACACAGUGGAAUGGCCGGUUUGCCAGGCACUCCUGGGAGCAAAGGUGGUCCUGGACAGAAGGGCGAACCAGGGACCCGUGGCCCGUCGGGCUUACCUGGGCCAUCUGGGAAAAUUGGGGAGCCCGGUCCACCAGGAGCAGUGGGUCUCCAAGGCAUCGCUGGUGUGAAAGGCGAUCGGGGUGACAGGGGGCCUACGGGACCUCCAGGUCCUCAGGGAAAAGUGGGCCCUAAAGGAGACCAGGGCGCCCCUGGAAUUCCAGGGCCACAGGGACUCCCAGGAGUUAAAGGCAGCAAGCAAGGCAUCUGUGGGGAGCCUGGUUUUCCUGGACCUCCUGGAGACAUCGGGGCACCUGGAGUUAGAGGUUUCCCAGGAUCUCCUGGCCCUCGAGGACCGAAUGGGGAACGUGGUGUACCUGGAAUGCCUGGGUUGCGAGGUGGCCCAGGCAGGGACACUGGAGAUCAGCACAUUGUUGAUGUCGUGAUCAAGAUGCUACAAGAGCAACUGGCCGAGUUAGCAGUGAGUGCGAAAAGAGAAACUGUGGGUGGAAGUGGCAUGAUGGGGCCACCUGGCCCUCCGGGGCCUCCUGGGUCACCUGGCUCCCAAGGCCCCCAUGGACAUCCUGGUUCCCGUGGUCCUCCAGGAAUCCUAGGAGCGGUUGGACAGAUAGGCAACACUGGACCCAAAGGAAAGAGGGGUGAGAAAGGAGACCAAGGAGAACCUGGCCAUGGACAUCAAGGAAUGCCAGGGCCUCCAGGCCUACCAGGUCCCCCUGGUCAACCUGGUCAAGCUCUCAAUGGCAAACACGGAGAGCGAGGUGUUCCAGGUGCCCCAGGAGAAGCAGGCCGUCCUGGUUUACCUGGGCCUUCUGGCCUUCCUGGGUUUUGCGAGGCAGUUGUCUGCCUUGGUGCCUCUGCCUCAGCUCAACUAACUGAAGUAGGUUCUGUCAAAGGACCUUCCUACUGAAUGCUGUCAAGUGAAAGGGCUCCAUGGUUGACCUCGCUGAUUCGUCAGAAGCUUCACUACUUUGCAUUAAACAAUGAACACACCAGGAUUGGGCCCAAAGAGAUGUGAAGGCCACCAAUCCAAAACCUCCUGACCGAUGAGAAACCUUUGCUUGGACCUGAGCAUCCAUGCAUAACUAGUCCACCUUUGAUGGUGAGAAGGCACUUGGACAUUCUGAGUGGCACCAAAUAGAGAUUCACAUACCGUAUUUUUCGGCCUAUAAGAUGCAUCAGAGUAUUAGACACACUAUGAUUUUGAAGAGGUAAUUUUUUUUUAAAAAAAAGUUUUGCACUCUGCAGGCCUCCCAAACCCUCUGCACGCCUUGUUUUUUUUGCAAAAAGGAGGCAUGCAGAGCUUC